CACGGACCGCACUUCUCCUCCAGCCCCCACCGCAGCCUCCCCACAGCAGGACACCGCCGCGGAGAAAAGGCCAGUGGGUGGGCGGGGCGCGCGCCGAGCCGUGGGGACAGGGCCGGCUCAGCGGAGCUCCUCGGGCGCGCGCCCCGCCCGGCCCCGCCCACCCCUCUAGCGCCUGCGAGUCCGGCGGGCAGGGCGGCAUUAUCGGCUUCCGGUUGCUGGGGCCAGUCUCCUUGGUCUCUGGCCGCGCCUUGCCGGGGGAAGAGCGUAACCUAGGUGCUUCCCGCGGGAAGACCCACACCUCCCUCGACCGUUACCUCGCUGCCUAAAUUCGGAGGAAAAGAGGGAAAGCCAGUUGUUUUGAGAAACAGCUGAUUGCCUUAAGGGAUAGUAGAGGAGUCCAACCGAUCUUCGCCUAUAAUAUGGAAGGAAAAUUACCAGCAUCAAGUGGACGUACUAACAGGGAUCAUACCUUGAACGCUUGUGUGCAAAGUUAUCUUUGGGGGAUAAAAUGGCCCAUUUAUGCAGCUCCAAAGCAUUCCCUUCUGGACUGUCAACGGAAUAGUGAUGUACCUGGCACUUUCCUGCUGCCCUGAGAACUAAGCGCAUGUUUGCGGGGGGAAUUCUGCUUGGACUCAGUACAAUAUCAGCACAGAAUGAUUUUCACUAAGAUGUAAUCCAGAUCCUAAUGAAUGACUUUUCAGCAACAAUUCAAACAUAUUCAAAACGUUUUCAAUUCUCGCUUAACCAACUGUUGUGAAAAACAGUGCUUACUGUUAAUUAAAAUGCAAAACCACCCACAACUACUUCGAAGACCUUUACCUCCAAAAUUCCCUAAGCUGCCUUUAAGUAAGAAGAAAGUCCAUACAGCCAAGACUGAUAAAACUGAGCCAAAACAUGUAACGUUCCUUCAAGAUGAAACCACUUCAACUGAAAGACAGAAAACUAGUUUUCCUGAUGUUGUUUCAAGAAAUCAACCACAAACCCUUGUCAAUAUCCAAAAUAUCUUUCUUGAUCAUUAUAUACAAGAAAGAGUGACUACUAUUUCGAUACCCAGGAAAACUUUUGAGAAUGUCUACUGGCACAUUCCAGAGACUGCUACUGGUUCCUUAUUUUUUCCAACCUGUCAUUCAGCCUCAACUCGAGUUUUUGGGGAAGAAACAAGACAAAUGAAAAGGUCAAGAAAAUCAAAAGAAAAAGCAUCAAAAAUAAAAAAUAUUUAUUUUGGUGACAUGUUCAAAGACAUUCUGAUUCUCUCCUCAGAGUUCUCCAGACUUUCAAGUACCACUUCUCCAGCUCUUCCUCCCAAACCCAAGGAAGUUCACUCUGAGUGUCCACAUUUAUCUACCUGUAUUUUUAGGAAAUCUCUGAUAGGUCCAACUGCAACAGUGUCAAGCCCUGUACCAAGAUUUAGGCGUGCUAAAGCAGAAAGACAUUUGAAACAAAAUACUGCCAUGGUACUAAGUAUCACUCAUUUUCCAGGUCUCAUGUCCAUACCAACACCAAUUUUGCCAAGAAAACCUCACAGACAGUCUUUGUUAGAAACUCAUGUAACAGAAUCUGAAAACGUAGAAAGUACUCAAAGGCAAAGCACACCAAACCUGCCUGAAGUAAUCAUUAAAGCUAGAAAACGAGAGGAAUCACAGGCACAUCUCAUACGUGGUGGAGGUCUCAAGACUAUUAAUGCAACACGAUAUGAAACAGUAAUAGCCAUGACCAACCUCGCCGUACUAAACUGUCAAAUAUAUGGAAGAAAUGCACUUAAUCUUAAGGGCUUCUUUAUCAUGAAUUGUCCCGACUUAACGACUUUAGCUUCCCAAUUGAUAUACCUUAACUUAUCCUUUAAUGACAUCAGUUAUUUUCCCAGAGAAAUAUUUUGUCUUAAAAAUUUACAAAUACUAUUACUGAGAAAUAAUCCUAUCAAAGAAAUCCCUUCUGAAAUUCAACAACUUAAGCUCCUUAGAGUUUUCAGCGUUGCCUUUAAUUUGAUUACCACUCUUCCACCUGGGUUAUUUUUUUUGUCCCAUCUUGAGGAACUUGAUAUUUCCUACAAUAGUAUUGCUUCCAUUCCAAAUGAAAUCCAGAAACUCAGAUCACUUGAAAAACUGAAUGUUGAUGGGAAUGAACUGACAACUUUUCCAGCUGCAAUUUUGAAGCUUAACCUGAAAAAAAUCCUAUUUGAGAAUACUUUCACUCAUCCUGUUUUUUGGAAAGAGAAUUCUUUGAAUAGCCCACCAAGCCUUACUCAAAUUACUUCUUUUUUCUUUUUAAAAAAUAAUCUACAUGAAUAUUAUGAUGUGAUCCCAGUGGAAAUUCUAAAGCUACUAAAAUGCGCAUCCAGAUGUGAAUGGUGUCAAGGUCCCAUGUUCAGUGAAGGUUUUCGAGUCAUCCGAUCCUGUGACGUUUUUGGGGCAACACACCUUCCUGUUUUGUAUCUUGUCUGUUCUUCUUCCUGCUGUAGAAAAGUAAAGGAAAGCAGUUUUAUUUCAGAGAGUAUUCCCAGUAGAAGAGUAACUCUAAAUUCUGAGUUGAUGAGUCAUGCAUUGAUUUAGGGGUCGGUCCCACUCCAGAAAGCCUUAGAGUUUAUGUCUACAGUAAUUCACUUCUUUGAGAGUAUAGGUUCUGUCUUCUGUGAUUCCUCUUUGCAAUCCCAGCUCCUUAUGAAAGUUUGUGACUGUUAGGGGAUUGUUGCAGCGUGAUUACUUAAGAAGGACUGGUAAAGGUCUUUGGAUUUCAGUAAAAAUCUAGAAAAUUUCUUCUAGAGCAUGUUUGCUAUAAAACAAGAAACGAUGGAAAACUUUGCAAAAAAGGAUUUAUCUUACAACUGGCAUUUUCAUGCAUCCAUUCCAAGUGAUAAGAUAGCAUUU